UUUUAAUAUUUUAUCUAAUCCGAAGGAAUCGUAAAUAAAAUAAGUGCCAAACUUACGUGCGUUUUAAGCUAGGCAAAGCAGAGAAAGGAGGUAGAUUAGAAAAUAUGACUUUCCGUUUUCCUUUUUGCAUUCAGUUUUCUGGCUCUAUAUUCUGUUGGUAACUCCAGUUGAAAUCAGAAACCAAUUCAAUGGAGAAUGGGAGGGAGAAUAAACCGUCGGUGAUGGUCACAAAUGAUGAUGGAAUUGAUGCUCCCGGUUUGAGGUCUCUCGUUCGGGUCCUUGACUCCUCUAAUCUCUUCAAUGUCCUCGUUUGCGCUCCCGAUUCUGAAAAAUCAGCUGUUAGCCAUUCUGUCUCAUGGCAACGUGCUCUUUCAGUCAAGAAGGUGGACAUCAGUGGAGCAACAGCCUUUGCAGUUUCUGGAACCCCAGCAGAUUCCACUUCCAUUGGGCUCUCCAAAAUGCUCUUACCCUUUGUACCUGAUCUGGUUGUCAGCGGUAUAAAUAUGGGUAGCAAUUGCGGUUAUCACAUUGUUUACUCAGGGACAGUGGCUGGUGCACGAGAGGCUUUCUUCCAUGGUGUUCCUUCUGUCUCAUUGUCAUAUGAAUGGGUUCGUGGAAAAAGCAAGGUUGAUGAUUUCGUAUUGGCAGCUGAAGCUUGCAUGCCAAUCAUUACAGCUAUAUUGGCUGAGAUCAAGAAUAAUACUUAUCCUCAAAGUUGCUUUCUUAACAUAGAUGUACCAGCCGAUGUUGCCAAUCACCAGGGUUAUCGCCUGACCAAGCAAGGCAAGAGUGUUUACAAAAUGGGAUGGAGACAAGUUACCUCAGAAGCACAAGGAGGAAAAAUGUUAUCCACAAUGACAAUGGAUUCAUCAGCUGGUAAAGAAGCUUGUGUAGAGGAGAGCACCUUAAGCACACAACAAGAACACCUAUUGUUUAAGAGAGAAGUCAGGGAAGCACCAGUGGAUGAUGACGAUGGGGAUUACUUUUUCCUUCAACAAGGAUAUAUUACUGUUACACCCCUUGGUGCCUUAUCUCCUCCACCUAUGGAUGACGUGGAAUUCUUCAAAGGAUGGCUACCUGGUGUUCAUGAGCGUAUCUCUGCUUCUUCUUAAUGAAUAAGGUGCUCUGCAAUCGGAUAUCAGAGCACUUGCAGCUGAUAAGUCCUUAAAUCACGGAAGUUUUGCAAAUGCAUUCCAUUCUUCUCUCUAUCAUAUCCUUCGUCCUUCACCAGUUCAAUGCUGAUUCUUGUGCAAUUGCAUCAAUUUCUCCAAAUUUAUGUGACCACAUUGAACUAGUUAAGCCAUUUCUCUUCCUAGAUGCCCACUUGUAGUGUGUGAUCCAGCAUCUAAAAGAAGUGCACUCCGCAGACAGUAAUAUCAGCUGUAGUUGGCUUACUAGUAAUCAAUAAUCGGAUGACAUUCAUCUCAUAAUUUUGUACUGUAUUUUCGUAUCGAUGAAUCUUAAUGGGGGCUGAAAACUGUAUGUUUUUACUGUUUAAAGAUCAUGUAAAUUGUAAACAUGACUGAAGAUGUUUUUGGGUUAUUUCCAAA